AUGCUUCGUAGAUUAUUAAACCUCCGGCAGUCAUCCACUGUGCUCUCAAGCUCAUUCAUAGCUGAGUUAGAGCUCAUCGUACCAAUUCUCUUCAACUCAGAUUACCCUCAAGUCCUUACAAACGGCGACCUCUCUUUGACUAAUAUUCUUGUCAAUGAGGAGACGUUUGAAAUCACGGCAAUAGUUGACUGGUCUCUAGCAAACGUUUUACCUUUUGGUAUUGAGCUGGGCAUACUUCGCCCCACGACAGGCUACAUGGACUUGGAGGGCUGGCACGAUUAUAGCUGUCGGAAUAAGCUGACUGAAGCUUUCUGGACCGAGUUCUAUGCUCUCUCCGAAGCUGAAGCAGAUCUCCGUAUUCGUGCGGAGUUAGUAGCUAAGCUGGGCGCUGUUUUGCGGUACGGAUUUCAGCGUCAUGCGGUUGUUGCACCAACCGAGGUAGUUGCUGAAGAAACUUCAAGCUUUUUAAAAGGCUGGGCUGCAGAUUGUGCUCAUACUUGA